AUGGUCGAAAAGUAUGGAUAUACUGCACAAGGAGGGGAAAGUCUCGAAAUCCUCAUACAGAACGCUGCACUGAGCCGUCAAAAGUCAGGGGUCCUGCCUAAUGAACAUGAUCUGGAGCAUGCUAGAUCCUCUUUGCCACGUACUCUAUCCUCUGAUGGUGUAGGAUACGACAAAACCAUCGAGCAUAUCAUAGAAGACCUCGUCCCAGCAUUCAACAAUAGCAGCCUCUCCUCCAAUUACUACGGCUUCGUGACUGGCGGGGUUACCCCAGCAGCCUUGUUUGCCGACAAUAUCGUAUCUAUGUUCGACCAAAAUGUACAAGUACACCUCAAGGAACACUCGAUUGCCACGGACAUCGAGUACUAUGCAUUGGGAUUGUUGGUUGACCUGCUACGCUUGGACCGGCAAUCGUGGCAUAAUGGAACAUUUACGACCGGUGCGACGGCGAGUAACAUCCUGGGUUUGGGAUGUGGACGCGAAUUUGCUUUACGAACAGCCGGGGAGAGAAAAGGGGCUUCGGUUACGAGUAUUGGAGAAUAUGGGCUGUUUGAAGUGAUGCAGGCAGCUGGUCUCUCCGGGGUGCAGGUCCUUUCCACUCUACCUCAUUCGUCACUUGCCAAAGCUGCGGCAGUACUGGGAAUCGGACGUGUUAAUGUCAAAAAUGUGCCUCUGGAGGACAAUACUUUGCGAUUCGAUAUGAGACAGCUCGAGACCGAGCUGACAAGGCCUGGUAAAGUCAGUAUCGUCUCCGUGUCUUGCGGCGAAGUCAAUACUGGACGGUUUGCGACGAAUGGCAUUGAAGACAUGCAGCAGCUGCGCAGACUCUGCGAUACGUACGGAGCCUGGUUGCAUGUGGAUGGGGCCUUUGGUAUCCAAUGCCGAAUCCUCGAUGAUAGCGUUGAGUUUGCUUCGCUCAAGGCCGGAUGUGAGGGAAUCGAACUCGCGGACUCUAUUGCCGGGGACGGUCACAAAAUGCUCAAUGUACCCUAUGAUUGUGGCUUUUUCCUUUGCCGUCAUGGAAAGGAGGCCGCGAAUGUAUUCCAGAAUGCGAAUGCGGCCUAUCUUGCGUUUGGUGCUACGCAGGAUAUCCAGUCUCCUCUGAAUAUCGGGAUCGAGAACUCCAGAAGAUUCCGGGCGUUGCCGGUCUAUGCAUCCCUUCUAUCACUUGGGCGCACCGGCUAUCAGGACAUGCUGCAGAGGCAAAUUCGUCUGGCCAGGAGAGUAGCGGGAUGGUUGUUUGACCAUGCCGAGUAUACCGUAUUUCCGGAGACAAGCAGUAAGGACGAACUGCUGAAACAUACGUAUAUGGUUGUGUUGUUUUGCGCUAAACGAGACCAUCUGAACCGUGAGCUCAGCGCUAAAAUUAAUGCGACCUUGAAGCUUUUUGUGUCUGGGACUGCUUGGCAAGGAAAGCCGGCUUGUCGGAUUGCUAUUGCAACCUACAUGGUCGAUGAGGAGAGGGACUUCGGUCUCGUAACCGACGUUCUGGACAAGAUCGGUGCAGAAACCAAGACUUGA